AUGGUGGUCUUGUCGGCUACAACGACAAUAUUUUCGAAGGAUCUGACUGCCAGUCCGCCUGGAGCUAUACCGACACCAGUGGUAAAGCCUGAUUCAGCAAAGCCGAUACCCCCAACGACAGACUCCCUAAAUAUACCCUCUACCUCUUCUACUUCUUCGGCGCCAUCAACACGGGACCUCUCUUUCCAAUCCCUUUCCACAUCGUCAUCUGACAUUGCAAGAUCGACCAUUACACACUCUUUUACACCUCCAGCCUUUGGAUCAUCCUUUAUAUCUCCAGGACUGUCACCGCCAGUCAGUGGUUCAACCCUAUCAACGACAUCAAGCCUUUCCACAUUAUCGGUGCCCAUCCUACAAUCACCCGUCUCUCAACCCAACGGCCAAGCUACAGGCAUAGUUUCAGCCUCCCAGCAACAUGACAGCAUAGAUGGAACUUUGAAGAAGGCUCUUGUUUUUGCCGGUGCUGGUCUUGGACUUCUAUUAAUUCUGGCCGCUCUUUACCGUUACCGAAUCUCCUACAAACGAAAACGCGCAAGGAGGAAUGAAGAAUACAUGCUUCGUGCUCGCCCUUUUGCCUUGGCGACGAGAGUUAACAGGCAAGUUGAUUAUCAGCCUCCCAACUAUGCUACGAGACGGACACGCCCCGUGGUUGGUAGCAUAGAGCGAUUAAAAGACGCAUUCUCUCGUGCCAAUUCCGGUUCGGGCCCUAGCAGGGUUACGAGGCAGGAAUCUGCCAAUGAACUGGAAGCAAACCCCGAUGGACAUUUUAGCACACGACGCGUGCGGGUAGUGGAGAUCGUGGAUGAAUCAGAUGUAUACGAGCAUCCGCCUGAGUACAGAUUGUCAGCGUCGGAUCCCAUUUCUGCUACAUAG